GAAGUCUCACCAACGAAACAACAGCCCUCAACCCCCCGGUGACAAUGAGGGAAGAAACGGAGAUGAGAGCAGUGCGGGCAGGCUGAGCCGCAGACUGUCCCGUCUGAGCAGCAGGCAUCAGUCCAGGGAUCCUCCGAGACCACAGGCUCAGCCCGAGAGGCUCCCCUCUCCACCUGUUCAGCAAGAAGACAGGCCUUCUCCAUCAGUCGUUGUUGUGCCUCCUGCUCCUGCUCCUCUACCUCAACCCAUGGAAAAACCACCCAAACGUCCAGACAAGUCACUGAAGCCCAAGCUUCCUCCUAGGCCGCUGUCCAAGCAGUUCAGUAGCAGUGAACAUGGAGCAGUCCUACUGCAGGGCCUCGAUGCUUUCCGUGCAGACGAGACUCUGUGUGACGUGGUCUUGAUUCCUGGAGACAGCAAGGAAAUGUUCCCGGUUCACAGAGUCAUCAUGGCGUCAUCCAGCGACUACUUCAAGGCCAUGUUCACAGGAGGCAUGAAAGAGCAGGAGAUGAGGGAGAUCAAGCUGCAUGGGGUCACCAAGGUGGGCUUAAAGAACAUCAUAGACUUCAUCUACACAUCCAAGGUCAUCCUCGACAUGGGUAACCUGCAGGACACGCUGGAAGCUGCCAACUUCUUGCAGGUCAUGCCACUUCUGAAUUUCUGCAACGAGCUUCUGAGCAGUGAGAUCACUAUUGAUAACUGUGUGGAAGUGGAACGAAUUGCCACAGAUUUGCUUCUUGAGGAUGUUCUGUUGAAUAUAGGCAAGUUUGUGAGUCAGAACCUCAGUGCACUGGUGGAGUCUGGUCGCUACCUGGAGCUCUCUGACAUCAGCAUGGCCAACGCUCUGAGCACCAACUCGCUGCAGGGUUUCUCUGAACUGGAGCUCUACCACAUCGCCAAAGGUUGGCUGGACCACGACCCUCCUAAACGCCACUCCUGUGUCUAUGCCUUGAUGCGCCACAUUCGUUUCCCUCUGAUGAGCCCCAACGAGUUGAUUCAGAUCUCCCAGGAUGACGAGGAGGGGUCUGACUCAAUGAUGCGCUCUGACACGGCCUGUGUGAACCUCCUGCUGGAGGCCAGCAACUACCAGAUGAUGCCCUACAUGCAGCCGGCCUUGCAAACAGAGAGGACCCAGAUUCGAUCGGACUCCACGCAUAUUCUGGCGCUGGGCGGUGUGAUGCGACAGCAGCUGGUGGUUAGCCGGGAGCUGAGGGUGUAUGAUGAGACCACCGAACACUGGAGGGCGCUGAGGCCCAUGGAGGUCCCACGUUACCAGCAUGGUGUAGCUCUUCUGGGAGGCUUCCUCUUCAUUGUUGGAGGUCAGAGCACCUACGACACGAAGGGUAAGACAGCUAUAGACAGCGCCUACCGCUAYGACCCGCGCUUCGAUAAGUGGCUGCAGAUCGCUUCCCUCAAUGAGAAGAGGACCUUCUUCCACCUCAGUGCCCUGAAGGGGAAACUGUUCGCAGUGGGGGGCAGGAACGCAUCUGGAGAAAUCGACACAGUGGAGUGCUACAAUCUGAGGAAAAAUGAGUGGACCUUUGUGUCCAGCAUGAUGGAGCCUCAUUACGGACAUGCUGGAACUGUUCAUGGGGGUCUCAUGUACAUUUCAGGUGGGAUCACUCGUGACACCUUCCAGAAGGAACUGUGGUGCUACGACCCUGUUGCAGACUCGUGGGGUCGGCGGGCUGACAUGAUGGAGCUCCGUGGCCUGCACUGCAUGUGCACGGUGGGAGACAGACUCUAYGUCAUGGGCGGGAAUCAUUUCCGAGGUACCAGCGACUACGAYGAUGUCCUGAGCUGCGAAUACUACAGCCCGGACGCAGAUCAGUGGACAGUGGUGGCGCCGAUGCCCCGGGGCCAGAGCGAUGUGGGCGUGACCGUUUUCAACGGGCAGAUCUACGUGGUUGGAGGGUACUCCUGGAACAGCAGGUGCAUGGUGGACAUUGUCCAGAGAUACGACCCGGAGGAAGACGUGUGGGACCGGGUGUUCAAUGUGUUGGAGCCACUGGGUGGGAUUCGUGCUUGCACAAUGACCGUUCAUCUGCCGGAGGGGUCCGUAGAUGAGGCUCAGAUACAGGACUGCCCGUUACCCACCGCUAAGAGCUGAAGGCCUGACACAGGGGGUUUCCAGUUCACGUUGUGGCGAAAAGAGUCUCAAACAGGAAGUAGUGUGGGUUGUAAACACAAGCCGCAUGUGCAAAUAAUACCUGACUUUACUCUGCCAUUCGAAACUUUUAAAUCUAUUUUACUGCUGUUUCCUGUCAUUUCAAGUGCUCUCAGUUAUUUAGCGUCCUUUGUGUUCUCAUCUUUGCUUUUUUUGUCUGAAUUUCAACCAAGAUUUUCUAAAUAAAAGCUU